UUUGAACGCAGCGAGUGUGUAUCCAGAUGAAAGGUUGAGUUGAGCAAUUCGGCGGAGGAGGAGCGGCUGAAUGGCGGACACUCGAGACGACACAAGAGCCGGAGCAGGAAGCGACAUUCUCCGGCGACACUCAUCAGGCAUGGAGCAGAGCGUGUCUUUUCUGAUGUUUUUGGGAGGAAGUGUCCUGGUUCUUCCUAUCCUGGUUAUCCUGGUGACAGCACUCAAGCCAGGACUUUUCAUCAAAAUAUAUAACUGGUAUUUGCGUCGCAAAAUGGGUCUGGUGGUCCGCUACUCUAGCAGUGGGAGUUACCGGUUCUGCUAUUUCAGCCGCGGAGCGCCAGAGGACGCAACACCACCGUUGCUGCUCCUGCAUGGUUUCUCUGCCAACAAAGACAUGUGGCUUCCCAUUAUUAAAUUCUUCCCUAAGGAGCAGUAUUUGGUGUGUGUGGACAUGCCAGGACACGAGGGGACGAGCCGCACUGGUGUAGAGGACUACAGCAUUCAGGGCCAAGUUAACCGAAUCCACCAGUUUGUUCUGAGUAUCGGUCUGGAUAAAAGACCCUUCCACCUGGUUGGGACCUCCAUGGGCGGGAACGUCGCUGGUGUUUAUGCUGCCUGUUUUCCGUCUCAUCUGAGCAGCGUCACGUUGAUAUGCCCUGGAGGUUUGGACUAUCCCACGGAUACCGAGUUCAUUACCCAACUGAAAGAGAUGGAGAAGAACAAGCAGGAAGGUUCUAUCCCUCUCAUCCCCUCCACUCAUCGGGAGUUGGAGGAGAUGGUCCGCCUCUGCUGCUACACCCCCUUCACUCUUCCUCGACAGGUCUUGCGUGCGCUCCUUGACAACAGGAUCCCCAACAAUGGGUUCUACAAAGAAGUGUUCCGGGAGAUCACUGGACAGCAGUCUCGCUAUCUCCUGCAGGAGAAGAUGCAUCUGAUAACAGCACCCGUGCAUGUCAUCUGGGGGAAGCAGGACAAGCUGCUCCCCAGAAACCAGUGUGUGGUGUGUGUGGACAUGCCAGGGCAUGGGGGCACAAGUCGCAUCCAUGGGGACGACUACACCAUCCAGGGACAGGUCACCCGGAUCCACCAGUUUGUGAAGAGUAUCGGUCUGGACAAAAGACCAUUCUACCUUGUUGGGAUUUCCAUGGGUGGAGCUGUUGCUGGGGUGUACGCCGCUGAUUACUCCUCUUUCCUGACCGGUGUGACCUUGAUAUGUCCAGGUCCAGGUCUGGACUCGCCUGUAAAAAAUGACAUCAUCGGUGAACUGAAGGAGGGUCUGGGUCAAAAGGCAUCCAUUGCUCUGAUACCAACCACCCCUGAGGAAAUCAGGAGGAUGAUGAGCUUAUUCAGCUGCACAGAGAGGAAGGUCCCGUCGCUGAUCAUUCGAGGCAUUCUGGACAUCAAACGUCCCAACAAUGUAUUCUACAGAGAAGUAUGUGAAGAUCUGGCGAAACCACAGUCUGUACGUCUGCUCCAGGAUAAGAUGCACUUGAUCUCAGUGCCACUGCAAGUGAUUUGGGGAAAGAACGACAUGCUUGUUCACCAUUCAGGUGCUUCGUUGCUGAAAGCCGCCAAGCCAAACUGUCAGGUCACGCUGCUGGACAACUGUGGUCACUCAGUGUUGCUGGAUAAACCCAAAGAAGCUGCAAAUCUCAUCAUGAACUUCUUGUCAUCUGAGAAAAUGAGAGAACAAAUUAUGAUGUGAAGAAGC